AUUAUCGAGCGGAGCCCACCAGGUUGCUCAGUCCAGCUUGCCCUCUCCUCCAGCCUCACGGCCCGGGCCCUCAGCUCAACAGCCACUUACGACUGGGCCUCCAUCUACCCAGCCCACCCCCUCUGGGCCCAUUCUCCACUCCGGUACCACCCUCUCCACUUCCGCCCCCCCGCCUUUUUCUGCUCGGCGUCGGCGCCCUCCAUCACACACCGGCUAAGUGAUCAACUCUAAAACCUUGCGGGAACACUUCAGAAGCUGAAACGGAGAACUCAGAAGAGGGAAGAGAAUGGAGCUUGCAUUCGUUAAUCCUUCCUCAGCUACGUUAUUCGCCCCUGCCAAAGCUUUACCAAGCUUGUUUAAGCAUAGUUCCAUCAGGGUUUUCAAUGUCCGCUGCAUUUCUAACUCAACCGCUGGAGCCGCCGCAGGUGUUCUGGAAAGGCCUUGGAAAACUUCAGAUGCUAGGCUUGUGCUUGAAGAUGGCUCAGUGUGGAAGGCUAAGUCCUUUGGUGCCACUGGAACCCAAGUUGGUGAAGUCGUCUUCAACACCUCCUUGACAGGGUAUCAGGAGAUCCUAACAGACCCUAGUUAUGCCGGUCAAUUUGUGCUGAUGACAAACCCACAUAUCGGCAACACUGGUGUAAACUUUGAUGACGAAGAAUCAAUGCAAUGUUUCCUUGCUGGCUUGGUAAUCAGGAGCUUAAGCAUAAGUACCUCAAAUUGGAGAUGCACCAAAACUCUCGGCGAUUAUUUAACAGAGAGGAACAUCAUGGGAAUAUAUGAUGUGGACACUCGUGCAAUUACUCGGAGAUUGAGGCAGGAUGGAAGUCUUAUUGGCGUGCUCAGCACAGAAGAAGUGAAGAGUGAUGAAGAACUGCUUGAGAUGUCCCGCUCAUGGGAUAUUGUAGGUGUUGAUCUAAUAACUGGUGUCUCGUGCAACAAACCAUAUGAAUGGGUUGACAGAACAAGCCCAAAUUGGGAUUUUAACAACGAAGGAAGGGGGGAGGUCUUCCAUGUUGUUGCAUAUGAUUUCGGGAUCAAGCAUAACAUACUGAGACGCUUGGCAUCAUAUGGCUGCAAAAUCACCGUAGUCCCUUCAAACUGGCCAGCUGCAGAAACUCUGAAGAUGAACCCAGAUGGAGUUCUUUUCAGCAAUGGCCCAGGAGACCCAUCUGCAGUUCCUUAUGCAGUUGAAACAGUCAAGAACAUAGUGGGUAAAACUCCAGUUUUCGGAAUUUGCAUGGGCCACCAGUUGCUUGGACAGGCAUUAGGCGGUAAGACCUUCAAAAUGAAGUUUGGCCACCACGGAGGAAAUCAUCCGGUUAGGAAUAUUCGAGCUAACCGUGUUGAGAUUAGUGCUCAGAAUCAUAACUAUGCUGUCGACCCUGCAUCACUCCCUCAAGGUGUAGAAGUGACUCAUGUCAAUCUUAACGAUGGCAGUUGUGCCGGACUUGCUUUCCCUGCAUUGAAAGUGAUGUCUCUUCAGUAUCAUCCCGAAGCGUCUCCAGGCCCUCAUGACUCAGAUUCUGUCUUCGGAGAAUUCAUCGUGCUAAUGAAGCAAUGCAAACAGCAAGCAUGAGCGACAUUCCCUCUUGCACCAGCAGAAGUAGGUAAUUUCUGGGGUUCGUUUGCCGGUAGAUCAGCUAGUUUGUCAAUAUAUCAGUUCCUCCGACAAAGUACUCGUAGUUUUGCGCUUUCUUCUAUCCGAAACUUUGUGUAACAGAUCCCUUAAACAUUGGGGGAAGAUCAAAGAUAAAUGUAGUUUUGUCACAGACGUUAUUUGCCUGCAGGCUUGCACAGCAUUGACAAAUGACAAGAAACUAGCCAUUCUGUAUUACGUUUUACUACGAGCACGAGUUAUGCCGAGCAAGGACUCGUAGCCUAUAGGCAAAUAUGUGUAGCAGUAUGUGCCUCGCCAACAUGAUUUAAGUAUAAAUUUAUCUUAAUUUU